CGCGUCCCCUUCUUUCUCGCGCACGCACGCGCACCGCCUUCCCUUUCCCCUCUCCGGCUCCCCUUUCCUCCCCUCAAACCCUAGCAGGGCCUCAGCGGCGGGCCGACGUCCUCCUCGCCUUCGUGCCGGCCUCAUCCCAGCAAGGUCCGGUCUCCCCCCGCCUGCCCCGUCCUCUCUUUGCUCCGAAGCGAGCCCGGGCUGGAACCCUAGCCUAUUCUCCGCGAGCCCCUGCAUUUCGGCCCCUCUUCCCUGCCUCCCACCGCCUCACGCCGGCGAAGAGGGAAGCGGUGCUUCGGCGGCGCUCCGCACGCCCACGUAUCUACCCCGGUCGUUGGAGAAGAAUCGAAGUUGCGGCCUGCUUCUCGGUGCGCGCCCCCCCGGGCAAAGGAUUUGGGAGGGAAAUUACCCGGGGGGCGCCCUCCGAGCCGACGACGAGACCCUCAGCCCUGACUGAGAAGCUGCGCCGUGUCAUAUGUGCCUAUCAGAGGGGUCAUUGCCAAGUCUGAAGUUAUUGGUCAUUUGUCAAGACUGCAUAGCAAGAAUUUUGACCAAACACAAUGAUUACACUAUCCUGCAAGAAGAGGAGACAAGUUUAUAUAAGUAGUGGGUCAGAAGAUUCUGGUACAGACUCAGAGGUCGAGGGAAGUAAAAGGUCUCAGAAAUCUGGGGUGAUGCCGAGUUCUACAUAUGAGCACAGACCAUCCUCUAAGAACAAGGUUGAAAGCAUGAAUGCUAGCCAGGCAAGGCAAUGUAAAAAUGUUCUGGAGAAGCUCAUGGGUCACACGGGCGGGUGGCUUUUUCAUGAACCGGUUGAUCCAGUACUAUUUGGGAUUCCUGAUUACUUUGAUGUUAUCCGCAAUCCAAUGGACUUGGGUACUGUAAAGAAGAAACUCACAAACAAGAAUUAUCCUAGCACUGAUGAGUUUGCAGCAGAUGUAAGACUUACGUUUUCAAAUGCAAUGAAGUACAAUCCUCCAGGAAACUUUGUCCACACAGUAGCUGAGCAAUUAAAUGGAAUUUUUGAUUCGGAAUGGAAAUUAUAUGAAAGAAAAUGGAGAGACAGAAACCCAGUACCAGAGCGGCUGCCAGUGAAAGUCAUAAAGGCCCGAGCUGCUGAGAAUUCAAAGUCUGUGGUUCCUACAGGGUUGGCUGCAUGCUCAAAUUCACUUGCAAAGAAGACUUUGACAGAUGCAAUAUCUUCCAAAGUAAAGAUUAAAUUUUCUGUGCGAGGCUCCGGGCAGACCUUUUCCAAAGAUACACCUUUUCAAGCAGCUGGUAGCAAAGAGGGCUCUUUAAAUCAUUAUAUCCCUUGCCCCAAGGAGAACACUAAAAUAUCAAGGAUGCAAUCAAGUGAGCACAGCUCUCAAUCAAAUGGAAAUGGGUCACACACUUGCAGUGAUACUUCAACUUCACCUCUCGCUUCUUUUGAACAAGGAAAUGGAAGUUAUUUAAAUGAUGAACCUUUGUCACCAACAAAAGCCCUCCGUGCAGCAAUACUUAAGGGUCGUUUUGCUGGAACAAUUGUUAAGGCACAACAGAAAGCACUUCUAGACCAUGGGCAGAUAAUAGACCCCGCAAAAUUGCAGAUGGAAAAGGAGAGACUGGAAAAAAGGCAGCGAGAAGAGAAAGCAAGGAUUGAGGCCCAGGUGAAGGCUGCUGAAGCUGCUGCACAAUUAAAGCUAGAUGAAGAAAUGAGGAUGAAGAGGGAGCAACAAAGAGAGACUGCACGCUUGGCACUACAAAUGAUGAAGAAGACAGUUGACAUCGACAACAGUGACUUUCUGAAGGACCUGGAAAACAUGAGCAAAAAGUGGGAACUGAACCCUCCUGGCAGAUUAAUUGUGGAUCUUGUUGAUGGGAUGGAGCUUCCACCUGGCCUAGGGAGCCCUCUGGAGAGGCUUGGCCUUUUCAUGAAGAAAGAUCUCGAAGAAGAGGUUGAACAUGAAAUGGAGGAUAGCAUAUCACCCUCCAUGGAUGAGAAGAAAGAUCUUGAUGAAGAGGUCGAACAUGAAAUGAAGGAUAGCAUAUCACCCUCCAUGGAUGAGAAGAAAGAUCUCGAUGAAGAGGUCGAACAUGAAAUGAAGGAUAGCAUAUCACCCUCCAUGGAUGAGAAGAAAGAUCUCGAUGAAGAGGUCGAACAUGAAAUGAAGGAUAGCAUAUCACCCUCCAUGGAUGAGAACAAAGAUCUAGAUGAAGAGGUCGAACAUGAAAUGAAGGAUGGCAUAUCACUUUCCAUGGAUGUAGAUGUGGAGGAAGGAGAGAUCGGCUGCUGUCGGUAGCAUACCUCUUGAAUAUCCAUAUUUCUUCCUUUUUUUCUCAGAUUGUGAAUCAACAUGCACGCUGGGGUUAUAAGAUUGUAUGAUGUUGUUCCGCCACCAGGCUAUGUCAUAAGCGGAGUGAAGAUCCUGGUUUGUGUGGUCUGACCAAGUUCCCCAUAAUGUCUCUACGCUGAACUCUGGGAUGGAGUAAUUCAAUCUUGGCUGCGGAUUUUGUGGUUUUGAUGCACCAAUAUAUGUGCCCCUGUAUGUUCUAGGUGUGCCAAGUCUAAUUAGAGUGAGUUCAUGGUACGAGCAUUCUGUAAAAAUGAUUGGAAAAAGAUAUGCUAAAGCUAGUAUAUACUCCUGCAUUGCCGUUGCUAA